AUGUCAGUUGAAGACCUUCCUCGAGGGUGCUCCUUCUCCGAGAGUUCCGACGAGGAGAUUCGUCUUGUCGAGUCCACUAAGCCAGUGGUAGAGAAUUUGCCGCCGGAAUUCGACGCCCGUCAAAAGUUCAACUAUUGUCGUGAUGUCAUCGGCCAUGUGAGAGAUCAAGGAAGGUGUGGUAACUGUUGGGCAGUAUGUCCCACUGAAGUCUUAAACGAUCGCCUGUGUAUCAAGUCCAGUGGCAAAAUCCAGGAGAUUCUGUCCGCUGGUUACGUCACUUCUUGCUGCAAUCCCGCACAUGGAUGCCUCCAUGCGAAGGGCUGCAAUGGUGGGAGACUUGUUGAAGCCAUGAGUUUUUUGCGAGAUCAUGGUGUCGUGACUGGUAAUGACUUCAAGCCACAGGAUCAACUGCGUGAGGCUGAUGGUUGCUGGCCGUAUCCGUUCCAGAAGUGCAAUCAUGUACCAACGGAAGGAACUGGAUACCCGAAAUGCAAGGAUGUGGUUCAGCAGCCUGUCCCUCCAUGUCGAACAACAUGCACCAACAAGGCAUAUAAGAAAAGCUUAGAGAAAGAUGUUCACCGUGCGAAAAGCUGGAGGAAAGUAUUGAAUGAUGCUCAGAGCAUCAAGCAGGAGAUAUUCGAUAAUGGCCCAGUCUUCAGCGCCUUCGAGAUGUACAAAGAUUUCAGAUAUUACAAGUCUGGAGUUUACGUGCCAACGACCAAGGAAGUCGACUGCUUACAUGUAAUCAAAAUUAUUGGUUGGGGAGCCGAUUCCGUUCGAGAAUAUUGGUUGGCGAUGAAUGCGUGGAACGAAGAGUGGGGAGAUCAUGGACUAAUAAAGAUGGCAUUUGGGAAGAAUCGUUUGGAGAACGGUACUUUCCAUAGAGCAGAUAUGUGA